AUGUGCCACAACGUGCUGCUGUUUGGGUUGCAGUGGAAUAGGAGGGUCCACGGUGCGAUGGAGGUGAAGUAGCAGGCGGGCUGCCAGUAGCACAGCAGUGGAGAGCAGGGCGGCACAGGGACGGAACGCUGCCACGGAUCGGAGCGGUGCGGUGCGGAGCGGUGCGGCGUGCGGACCGAAGGGACGCGGUGAUUGACAGGCGAAGGAACGGAGCGCGCACGGAGCGCCCCGUGCGGCACACAGCGGAGCGCGCUAAUCUCCCCGUACCCAUCUUGUCAAAGGCAUCUCUGUGAAAUAUCAACCAGACCAGCCAGAGCAGCCUGGCGCAGAUAAAGGAGGCUCUCUCCAUCUUGGACGCGGUGUUUGGACUCUUCUCAGCGAAUGAAAGAGGAAAAGGAGCGCGGCAGCUGUCUCCUAUCACAUCCUGCUUUUACCUGUUCAGUCCCGACUGGACCCAGUCUGGACUAACCUAACUGGACACAGUCUGGACUAACCUGGCGUCUACGAGUGUCCUGGAGACGGGAGUGGAUGGACUACAGCUCAGGUUACACUUUGCAAUCUGAGCCAAAGAAGAUCUUGCCGGUUGUUCUUUUUAUGGAGUAAAAGGACUGCGACUUGCUUUCCGGAUCCUUUUUUGGGGGUUCAUUUUUGAUUUUGUUAAAUCCAACAUCAUUGUGAUGCGUUUGUGAGUCCAGUGAUAAACCCGGAGCCUGUAAACUCUCCUUUUCUCUCUUUCUAAUUGGAAUAACGGCCAGAUAAUCAGGAGACUCUCGGGAGGAAUUUUGGUGCGUAAUUUGUGCGGUGUGUGCGGUGUGUGCGGCUGCUGAGCCGCAGAAGUAGUUGUGCCUCCCUUCUUUUUUUCCCCCUCUCGGUUAAACACCAUGGAGUAGGAGUAGGACAAAUCACAGGUAAAGACUUAGAACCAGCGGCUUGAUUCUCCGUCGCCUGGAACACACAGGCGGGUCUGAUGCGCACAUUCUCCGGAGGAUGGUACAUGACUGAUGGGGAAUCAUGAACAGCUCUUCUGAACUCGAAGAUGGGACUCGGCAUAAAAACCAGACGUUCUGUGAGUGUGUGCCCAGCUCCUCCCAGCUCAAACAUCGCUGGUCAGACUCAGAAACUGCCAGGGAGACCCCGGCCAAGAGGAUGAGCUGCAGCUACCUGCUUUGCACUAUCCUGCUCUUCGUGGCUGUAUUGCUGGCUGUCACUGUCACUGGCACCAUCCUUUUUAUGAAUCACUACCAGGCCCCGCCCAUGUCCGACGGCCUUCCCCACAUCUCCACCAAUCAGGACGAAGCCAAUGCCCUGGUCACUGUCGAGAGAGGCGAUGGCUCUCGCAUCAACAUCUUCAUCGACCCCAACUGUCCCGACUACAACAGUAACUUUUUGCGCCUGGAGGGCGUGCAGACAUCGCUGCUCCACUCACUAACCGACCACGACUCUGACCUUAAGUCAGUGAAAGGCCAGGACCGGGCUCUUCUUGUCAGUCUGGCUGAGGAGGUGGCCAAGCUGUCAGCACAUGCGGGGCAGCUGAAAAUGGACUAUGAGUCCUUACGCAGGGGGCAGGGCAGCCUGGGGCAAGACCUCAACACGCUGCAGACGGAACAGGGACGCCUCAUACAGCUGCUGUCAGACAGUCAGAUCAACAUGGUGAAGGUAGUGAACUCAGUGAGUGAUGCUCUCAACGCUAUGCAGAAGGAGAACGUGGGCCUGAAGGCGCGUGUCAAGGCCGACCUGCAGAGAGCUCCAGUCAGAGGGGCCCGUUUCAAGGGCUGCGCCAACGGCUCGCGUCCCCGUGACUGCGGUGAUCUGUACGCCAGUGGUCAGAGAGAGGACGGCAUCUACUCCGUGUUUCCUGUUCACCACCCCGCAGGCUUCCAGGUCUACUGCGACAUGACCACAGACGGAGGAGGCUGGACGGUGAUCCAGCGCAGGGAGGAUGGCUCCGUCAACUUCUUCAGAGCAUGGGAGUCCUACCGUGAGGGAUUUGGCAAGAUCACCGGUGAACACUGGCUCGGGCUGAAGCAGAUCCAUGCCCUGUCCAUCCAGGGGAACUAUGAGCUGCGUAUCGACUUGGAGGACUUUGAAAAUAGCACCGCUUAUGCCCAGUAUGGAACCUUUGGAGUGGGCCUCUUCUCAGUAGACCCUGAUGAUGAUGGAUAUCCUUUGACUGUGGGAGACUACUCUGGCAAUGCAGGCGACGCUCUGCUGAAGCACAACGGGAUGAAGUUCACCACCAAAGACCGGGACAACGACCACUCGGAGAACAACUGCGCCUCCUUCUACCACGGUGCCUGGUGGUACCGCAACUGCCACACCUCCAACCUUAACGGCCAGUACCUGCGCGGCCAGCACACCUCCUACGCCGACGGCAUCGAGUGGUCCUCCUGGACUGGCUGGCAGUACUCUCUCAAGUUCUCUGAGAUGAAGAUACGACCCACCCGUGACCCAGAGAAUAAAUGAGAAAGACAAAAAGGAGGAAAAAAAAUAUUUUGAAACAUUACAAACCACGAUUUCUGACAGCUAGGCGGAGUUACUUGUCUUGAUAUUGUUCGUUCACUAAAACAUACCUCUUUGAGUUUAGUUGACUCUGCUGUUUGCCUCCUGAUGUCUCGCUCCCUUUUUGCUCCUCUUCCUCCAUCACUCAGCUAUGGCUACCAUUAUCCUUACCCCUGGUCCCUGUCUUGACAAAAUAACCAUCAUCAUGCAUAUUUGUCAUCAUUCACUUCACAAUACCAGAGUUCCGACGCCACAGUCCACUGCGCUAGCUUUACUCAGUCUGAUGUGGUGGUCCGAGCAUCGCCUGCAGGACCACACAGCAGUAAUUCGCUCCUGACAUGUAACUCUGACCUCCCAUCUGUGCCGCCAUGGCACUUCGACUGUGGUUCAGUCUCACUGCCCAUUGCUGUAUAAUCUGCGAAUGGAGAAGGUCGCUCCAAUUCUAGUAGAAGCACACAAACCCUUCACAAAAUAUGAAAAGGAGAUACAAAUCCUCCUUUUUUUACCCCUCUGUAAAGGAAGUCCAGAGUCCCACCAGUGAGAAGGGACAGCGCAGUGGUACAAUACGUCACAUUUACAUCCUUGAUCAGUGUGAAUGCGACCCAGCAGGGUAGUGGCAAGGAGUGCGAGGGCCUCAGAUAAUUAGAGGGAGACAGAGACGGAGAGAACGAGGAAACAAUUUGACAAGAGUUAAAUUAGUGGAAGGAAAAAGGGGGGCAGAGUGAAUCAAAGGGGAGUGAGGAAGUGGAAGAAGAGGAGGUGCAAAAAAGGAUGAAAAAGAAAAAUGAGAAAAAAGAACGAGACAACGGAGGAUCUCAUUCAUCUGACUUGGGCCAUUAGGGAGCAUAUUGGGCACUUUGUCUGAUCUGCCUGCCAGCUGAGUACUGGCCAACUGAUGCAGCAUUCACAGAUGGUAACCCAGCACUUUGUGUGUGUGUAUGUGUGUGUGUGUGUGUGUGUGUGUGUGUGUGUGGGUGUGUGUGUGAGUGUGUGUGUACGUGUGUGUCUACGACAAGAGAGAGACAGACAGAGAUCUCUUACAUUAUCAAUUUCCUGUCAUGAGUUCAGUAGAGCGUCUCGACUGACUACAAUGUUUAGCACAGACGGACUAAACAUGAUGCAUGGCUGCCAUACCUUCACUCUCCAUUUAAGUACCGUGGUUAACAUGUGAUAACAAAGCAUGUACACGUAUGUACAUGUAAUAGGAAGGAGAAGACAUUGACCAGUGGGAUCACACAAUGAAAGAGGAAUCAAGGACUGUGUCAUAGCUUCCCCAGUCCAUCUUAUUUUCUUGGACUGUUGAGGAAAUGUUUUCAUUUUUGCCCCCAUCCCCACCUCUUUGGUUUGUCCUUAUUCUUUUCUCCCUUCCUGGUGAUUCUUAUGGGAUUUAUAUGUGUGACACAGUUUCUCUUGUCAUGCAAAUGGUGAGAAAGUUGCUGUAAAAUAAGAUUUGACGCUCUCAACCGCUGUCUUUUUCUUCUGAGUAGGAAAUGUGUUAUGGCAAAAAAAAACAAAAUUGCCGAAAGCAAAACAAAAAAAAAAGAAUAACUGAAAAAGAAAAAAAAAAUGUUAUGAAGAAAAAGCACAAAAGGAAAA